CCCAGUUAAUAAAACUGAUAACAAGUGCCAGCAAGGCUAACAUGGCACUGGAAAUUGGACUUUACACUGGUUGUUCCUCACUUGCGAUGGCGGAAGCGCUUCCUAAAGACGGCAAAGUGGUCUCUUUGGAAAUUGAGAAAUGCAUCGCGGAUGUGGCAAGAUCUUUUCUAGAUAGAUCACCAGUAGGGAAUAAAAUCGAAAUUAUGAUAGGACCAGCUUUAAACAGCUUGGAAAUCUUGGCGGAGAAACGAAUGAAAUUUGAUGUUAUUUACAUCGAUGCCGAUAAAAAAGGAUAUGUUCAAUAUUACAAGACGAUUUUUGAAAAAGAUCUGCUCGCUUCGGAGGGAACGAUCAUUGUGGAUAAUGUUUUGAAAAGUGGAGACCCGUACUCGGGAGAGAAGUAUGAAUCGAACUCGGAUGCGAUAGUGGAAUUCAACGACAUGGUUCUCCGCGAUAAAAAUGUCCACAAGGUUAUGAUUCCCGUGAGAGAUGGAGUAUACCUCAUCAGAAGAAUGGAGGACACGGAUAAAGCCUAAUCAUGCUGUACUGAUUUAUAUAGCAAUGUUAAUAAAUGAUAGCGAAUUCCUA